AACACAUAGACUUCGACUUUGUUCACACACUACCUAAUUAUUUAUUCAACUAAAUCUUCAUGAUAUAGUAUAGCCAACUGCUACCGUAUACUAUGUCAAUAAUUUGAAGCCAGAACAUUAACACCGGACCUACCUUGAACGUGCCAAAUAUACCUGAAGAAGUCGUCUGUUAGCAACAGGAUUCAUUAUGGGAACAGAAGACGACGACUAUGGAAAGAAGGUUCACGAAUCCAUCAGUAAACUGAUAGAAGGUGAAUCAGCAAGAACGAAUCAUUCCAAGCAAUCUAAUGUCACAAUAUGUAUGGUUCCCGAUACACUUCGAAAUCUCAACCCAACUGCAUACACACCUCGAAUCACCUCAAUCGGCCCUCUUCACAAAGAGGACCAACAUCUUAAAGCUAUGGAGGAACAUAAAGUGACUUACAUGUAUCGAUUAUUUUGUCGAACUGUGGAAUCCACAAAGAAGGAUAUAGAGCAAAUAACUUAUAACUGUGUACAAGCAGUUCUUGGGCUUCUAACUCGUGCAAGAGCUUGCUAUGCACCAAGUUUUACAAAUUAUGAAAAUUUCAAGUUCGCUGAAAUGAUGGUUAUUGAUGGUUGCUUCAUACUUGAGCUUCUCUACAGGUUCGAAUAUGGAAUUGGAGAGGGGGAUCCAAUUUUUGACAAUAUUCUGGUGAUACAUGACGUUAAACACGACUUGCUGCUACUAGAGAAUCAAAUGCCAUUCUUUAUUCUUGAAAUAUUGUUCAGCAUAACUGUGAAACGGAUCUUGAAGUCAAUUUCGUUAACUGACCUAGUCUUCUAUUUCUUCAAAGAUAUGAAUAUCAUAAAUAAUAGCGAGCUUACCACAAUUGAGGGACCAGCAGAGCAUUGCCAUAUCCUCGGGCUUCUCCAAAGCUGCUACAGGCCAAGAGCUAACAAGCGAGGCCGAGUCCCAAAUAUCUCAUACUCUGCGACUGAAAUCGCUGGAGCUGGAGUUACAUUCAAGGCACACAAAGAUGAAGAUUCGCUACUUGCAGUGAAAUUUAAACAAUCAUCUCUUGUUCCCGGGUCAGGUUCUCUAGUUGUUCGUGAAACCUGUUUCAGAAUUCCAGUAUUGUGCAUCAAGGACUCCACUCCAUCGUUCUUAAGGAAUCUCAUUGCCUAUGAGCAAUGCUACCCAUUAAGUCGUCAUUAUGUUACCUCUUUCGCCUUUCUCAUGGACAGGCUUAUUGACACUAAAGAUGAUGUUUCGUUGCUUGUGAGGUCAAAGGUCCUUCAACACAACCUGGGAGCCAUUGAAGAUGUCACAAAUCUGUUCAACAAUAUUUGCAAUGGUGUUGUCCUUCGAGAUUUUUAUUACUCUGAGGAAUGGACAAAACUGGAUGAAUAUUGCAAUCGUUUUUGGCCUAGUAUAUUAAUUUCACUGCGAAGGCUUUUUAGAAGUACUACGUGGAAAACGUUGACAGUCAUUGCUGCUGUGAUCCUGUUUGUCCUAACGUUACUCCAAACCAUAUAUACUGUUAAGUGAUUUAGCUGAAUUUGUUGAAUUUUGAAAUUUUUUAUUGAUGUUAAUUGUUGCAGAUUCCUUGUUUUAGUAGUUUUUAUACAGAAUGUAGCAAGUUACUGCCAAAUUUUUCUCCUUCAAUUAAAUUUUGUUACUCAAAAAGGCAUGCGAGGUACCUGAAUAUGUGUGUGAAUAGAGACUUCGUUGCCAAAGUUCUUUAGUUUCCUUACUACAA